AUGGAGAGUGACCAGCAUGGUCCUGACUCUUGUUUUCCGGUCCUAGACGAGCCCACCCAGCCUCCCAAUGGCAGCUGGCCCUUGAGUCAGAACGGGAGUGACGCCGAGGCGACCCUGACCGUCAACCUCACCUUCUCCUCCUACUACCAACACUCCUCCCCAGUGGCAGCCAUGUUCAUUGCAGCCUAUGUGCUCAUCUUCCUCCUCUGCAUGGUGGGCAACACCCUCGUCUGCUUCAUCGUGCUCAAGAACCGGCACAUGCGCACCGUCACCAACAUGUUCAUCCUCAACCUGGCUGUCAGCGACCUGCUGGUGGGCAUCUUCUGCAUGCCCACCACCCUCGUGGACAACCUCAUCACUGGUUGGCCUUUUGACAACGCCACAUGCAAGAUGAGCGGCUUGGUGCAGGGCAUGUCUGUGUCUGCCUCUGUUUUCACACUGGUGGCCAUCGCCGUGGAAAGGUUCCGCUGCAUCGUGCACCCUUUUCGCGAGAAGCUGACUCUCCGGAAGGCGCUGCUCACCAUCGCGGUGAUCUGGGCGCUGGCGCUGCUCAUCAUGUGCCCCUCGGCGGUCACGCUGACCGUCACGCGCGAGGAACAUCACUUCAUGCUGGACGCUCGCAACCGCUCCUACCCGCUCUACUCGUGCUGGGAGGCCUGGCCGGAGAAGGGCAUGCGGAAGGUCUACACCGCUGUGCUCUUUGCACACAUCUACCUGGCGCCCCUGGCGCUCAUCGUGGUGAUGUAUGCGCGCAUCGCGCGCAAGCUGUGCCAGGCCCCGGGUCCCGCGCGCGAUGCGGAGGAGGCGGUGGCCGAGGGUGGCCGCGCGUCGCGCCGCAGGGCUCGCGUGGUGCACAUGCUGGUCAUGGUGGCGCUCUUCUUCACCUUGUCCUGGCUGCCGCUCUGGGUGCUGCUGCUGCUCAUCGACUACGGGCAGCUGAGCGAGCCGCAGCUGCACCUGCUGUCCGUCUACGCUUUCCCCCUGGCACACUGGCUGGCCUUCUUCCACAGCAGCGCCAACCCCAUCAUCUACGGCUACUUCAACGAGAACUUCCGCCGCGGCUUCCAGGCUGCCUUCCGUGCACAGCUCUGCCGGCCACCCUGGGGAGCCCACAGGCAAGCCUACUCGGAGCGGCCCGGCCGCCUUCUGCGCAGGCGGGUGGUGGUGGACGUGCAGCCCAGCGACUCCGGCCUGCCAUCCGAGUCUGGCCCUAGCAGCGGGGCCCCAGGGCCUGGCCGCCUGCCGUUGCGGAAUGGGCGUGUGGCCAACCAGGAUGGGCCCCAGGGAAGACCUGGCUGCAACCAUGUGCCCCUCACCAUCCCAGCCUGGAACAUCUGAGGUGGUCCAGAGAGAGCAGGUCCAGUGGGCCUUCUUUGGCCGUAACCCUGAACCGUGAUGCCUGGACACAACAGCAGUAUUAGCAGAGGGUGUCAAGAUGUCAUUGAUAAAAAACGAGACAGUGGGUAGCCGGGCCGAUGGCAAAUGAGAAGAGGAAGCUUCCAACCUUCCAAACCCCCUCUGCUCUGGAGCCAUAUCUGGAUGAGUCUGUCUCGUCAAAACCUCAGAACCCUUCUCCUCAGAGGCACUGAGGCUCAGGGAGAGGUGGCAAGGUUUGGAAAUCCCACUUGACCCAGACUCCAGUGUGUCCGUCUCUGUGGUAUCCACAUUUCCGGUGGUCUCCUCCCCAAGGCCUUCUGAGGCGGAGCUGAGGAAGAUGUGUGGCCUUAUCUAGGGAGCUGGGAAGAGGUGACCUCUGUGCUUCCGUAGAGACCUGGGAUGGAGUCCCCUGUGUUGUGUUGCUGAAACAGCUCUCCGUGGCCCUUUCCGGAAAAGUCCAUGCUCUCCUCCUGCCGACUCCAGUGUGUGUUUUAUUCUAAGUGUCCAAGUCCAUUCCCGCUUCAGGAUGUCACAACUGAGCAGCGGCAAGAAAGAGCCCUAGGGAGCUUGUUUAAAUUGCAGGGCGCUCUGGGUUGAGCCUAAGGGACGCUCCCCUCCUCCACCCCACCACCCAGAGCCAGGGAGAGCUUCCAACAGGACCAACAUCCCGAGGUGGCAGGCGAGGGGAAGAGGAAGACAGCUCAGUGCCCACUCUCCCCUCUGGGACUGUCAUCCUGGGCCUGUGAGCCUGACGCUCUUCUCCUGGCCUCUCUUCCUUGCCUAAUGGGAAGGAGAAGUUGGUCGAUCGGGGUGGAGGGAGCCCCCGAAGGACAAAUACAAACCCUUCCAAAAUAUGUGACUCAUGAACCCUAAAAGCAAAGGAGACCAGGAGAGCCCGCAUGCACCCCAGCUCUCAUCCAGUGUACUUGCGAUCACCUUGACAGGGUGAUGCCUUUCCCCAUGAGCUAAGGAAAUGGGUUGCCUCUGCUGAUUUCCCCUACAACGUCAAUGAUCUGCACUUAACCGGACACUUUCCCCUCACCUCCAUUACCACAGUUGCUAGAAAUUUAAGGGAUAAAAAAGGAAACAUUUCCAGGAUCCAGGGCUCUGAGCUCUUACUGUCUCCUUAACACACAUUGACUGGCCAUUCACUGUUCCCAGGUCCAUCAUAAGCAAUGGCCACAGUGGAGGAAGAAACUGCCUCACCGUUGUGCAUGUUCAAGCAUGUCUCUGGACACUGGCCUCUGAGUCAUUCAAUGUUCUUGCCAUUUCACAGAGCGACUGAGGCCCAGUAGGGUCAGGGUCACAGGGCUUCAGACAGCAGCAUUUGGACAGGCAGGCUUGUCUUUGGGCAGCUUGAAUCAUAUCCUGCCCUUCAGAGAAGGUGGGCACGGCAGGAUCUCCGGACGGAGAGCUAGAAGCUCCCUGCCUGAUGAUGAAAGGGAACACCCGUGGAAUGAACCCAGAUUGGAGCAGGGAAAUGUCUCCAUUGUGUCUGCCCCGUGACUUCUGGCCAGAGCUGUUCUGAAUAAAAAUUUAUAACUGUGUGCUUAGGAGGCUGCCAAGUUCCCUCAUGCCGCUGCCUGGUCCAGGAGUCUGGGAAUGGUGGGUGAAGGCAGAUAAGGUGUGGUGGCCUGAGCUGACACUCUGCAUUCUUUUGUUGUUGUUUUCAAGACAGGGUAUCUCUGUAUAACAGCUCUGGCUGUUC